CCAGCCAGCCUGUUCCCUCCUCUCCGCCGCUGGAAGCUCAGUUGACCAGCGUCGCAACUGGGCGAUGCGCCUCCGAGCAGAGUGGCGGAUUUUGACAUUCACAUCGCUGCCUGCAUCCUCACAUCUGAGUGACAUUUAGUUGGUGAUUUCCUCAGCGUGCGUUAGUGUCGUUUCAAGAAAAACAAAUUUACAGGACAAAGCUUUCGGUUCCAUCUGAAAACUGACCACUCGCAACAGGCAUUUUUUUUCACCCUCUUGAACGACCCCCCUGUGGGAGGAUUUGCUUUCAAAAUACUUUUAUUUUGAAACCAGCCGAAGACAUCUGAUAACUUAAUCAAAGAUGGUACGGGAAACACCAGGCACACUCGCUUGAUUUUGGUCAUUUGUGUCCUCAGUUUGUGUCAGUUGGAGGCUCGAAGCAUCUUAAGAGAGACUACAGAGAGCAGAGGAGGCUGUUUAACGACCACAGGCUGUUCAAAGGUGGGCAGGAGCAACCAGCAGCCAUGCUGUCACUGGACGAGCCGCUGGACUUGAAGCUUCCCUCAGGACGGACUGAUGGUCCAGUCCGAUUAGGAAAGAGGUCUUAUCCGUCCUCUAUCUGUGCCCCUCUCAGCGCCAUACGACCACGCCUGCUAUGCACAACCUUUCCAUCUCCACCCUCCUCCCCAGAAUCCCAGUCUUCCCCUCAAGAACGACCCGGGUCCUGUUUCAGUCCUCCACCCAUGGACCUCAGCCUGUCACCCUCCUCCCGCCAUGCCUCCUCCCUCUCCCCGUCUCCUUCCUCCCCCUCCUCCCCCUUCCCUUCCUCACCUCUGGAGUCGCCUCACAGCAGCAGCAGCCCACAGCCACAUCUCUUCACGCGGGAAGCAGCUCGUCAUCGAGGUCUGGAGGGCGGAGCUUCUCCACAGGGUUACCCGUUUUAUCUGCCAAUUGCAAGCCCACCGAGAGCGUACAGCUUUCCUUCCUCCAUGUUCAUCAGUCAGAACAGAGAGAAGCAAGUUUCACCAGAGCCCUCAUUGGACGGUCAGCUGGCCUGCCGUUGGAUGAAGUGCCACCUGCUGUUCGACUCGCUGCAGGACUUGGUGGAUCACAUCAACGAUUUCCACGUCAAGCCUGAAAAGGAUUCUGGGUACUGCUGCCAGUGGGAGGGCUGUGCUCGAAACGGCCGGGGCUUCAAUGCUAGGUAUAAAAUGCUGAUUCAUAUCCGCACACACACCAAUGAGAAACCGCACCAUUGUCCCACCUGUAACAAGAGCUUCUCACGUCUGGAGAACUUGAAGAUACAUACCCGCUCACACACAGGAGAGAAACCCUACAUCUGCCCUUAUGAAGGCUGCAGCAAACGUUACUCCAACUCCAGCGACCGUUUCAAACACACCCGCACCCACUACGUCGACAAGCCGUACUACUGCAAGAUGGCCGGCUGCCUGAAGCGCUACACAGAUCCCAGCUCGCUACGCAAGCACAUCAAGGCCCACGGGCACUUUGUCGCCCAGGAGCAAGGCGCUGCGAGCAGGCUGGGGGCGGGGCUGGGCCUUCCUGGGCACCAGAGUGCCAUUGAACCACCCACUCUAAGUGGGGCCCACAUUAUCAUCCCUGGGGCUGCUGCAGCUCUUCUUGGGGGUCUGGGGACCUCUUUGCCUCUCUCUGCAUUCUGCCACGCAAGAGCUCUAGGCCAUCAUGGGGCGCCACUCUUCUCGAUGGGAGGAGGAGGCGGCAUAGGGCCACUCGGCCUCUCGGACUCUCCUCUGCUGCACUUUGGACUUUCAGCUGCAUCGAUGUUAGGGCUGGGAGCCCUGGGAGGUCUGGGGCGGAUGACGGCGAAGGAGAUGGAAUGCGAAGAAGAAGAGGAGGAGGGAGAGGAGGGGGAGGUGCUGAACCUGUCUGCCGGGGUGGGGCAUAGACAAAGUGACCCUUUGUCCUGGGUGGUUGUUCCCCCGAGGGCACUCCUCCUAAAACCAGCUGUCGUCAGCUAGGAUGUGCACUCAGCAAUGCAUCAAACCAGGGAGCGUGUGGUUGUUUUUCUGUGUCCAUGCAUGUAUGUCUGAGUGUGUGUGUGUGUGUUCACAGGCAUACAUGCGUGAUUAUGAUGAGUGUGUGUGUGUGUGUGUGUGUGUGUGUGUGUGUGUGUGUAUGUGAGGGAUCAAAGGUCACUGUCACCUGCGGAGCCAUAAAAAAGCACUUCAGCCAUUCCAGCCCAGAAACAACUGAAAAGACUGAAAAGGACAAAAGUCAUGUUGAGUGUACAAAGCCUAAACAAGACCUGAGUGUUGGGUUGCAAAAGUCUUUAAAGGGUCAGUUCACCUCAAUGAAAAAAAACGAACAAAAAAACAAAUCGUAUCCCUUUCGAUGUGUGGCCUUGCAGAUCCAUUUUCAUCUGCUGACAUUUUGAGAUUUUAGAUUUCUGGUGAAAACAGCAUUAACGGUUCUGUACACAACAUUCAGAGCAAAUCAAUGGUUCACAGUCUGAGCAGGGAUUGCCUCCAAUCCCUUGUUCUCAUGCCCAACUUCUCACACACGGACACUUACAGGCACAGGCACCCUCUGGCUUCACUUUUUUAACACACUGGGUACUUAAUAACACUAACAUGCAUGCUCAGCUUGACAGGCUACAACAAAGAACAGAUAAGUCUGUAUUACAACACAUACGCGCACACACACACACACACACACGCACACACACACACAUCUACAUAGAUAGUUUACUUUCAUAUAAAUGUUCGAUAGUUUACUGUCAUAUAAAUGUUCUAAAUGUUGCGUUAAGCACCUUUCAAAAAGGAAUUUUGAAGAAUUGAACAGUAACUUCUCUAUGUCUCGUUGAUGGAUUCCCAUAACAUUUUGUACAGACAUGUAUGGUCCCCAGAUGAUGAACCCGACCGACCUUUAUUAUACUUUGACUUUCCUGUGAUGCCUUAUGCUAGGUACCAUAAACCAAUAUUUUGGCUCAACAGAGUAGCAGCAUAAAAGACACAUAAACUUCAGCUAUUCUUUGUGUUAUCGCCUGUCCUAUUGCCAUUUAAUGAGCCUUACUAUUCAAAUUCUGUAAAUACCAGAUGUUUUUGAGGUAAAUAUCUCCACAUCUGACAUGACCAUAUGCCACAUAUGUGGUGCAAUUUAAGUGAACUGACCCUUUAAUAUUCCUUCAUUCGCCCGUCACUUCC